AUGAUUCCGCUUCGACGUCGUUAUCGUCACAUCAAAACAGCCGGUUCGGCGCGCUGUGCCCCUCUCUUCCACACAGCCAUGUACUAUGUCGUCUCCAUCAUUCUCCUGCUCAUCGUCCUCCCACAAAGAGUUGUAGGAGAGCUCAAAACUCAACCGCAUGUUUACAAGCGAUUUACUGGCGACACAUGUCGAAUAAAUCCUUGUCUUAACGAGGGUAAAUGUGUUCCUGGCGCGCUAAGCUGCCAAUGCACACAAGGUUGGAUGGGACGAUACUGUCAUAGAAGAUGUCGAAAUAUAUAUAAAAGUUGUGAGCGAUGGGCCGCAGAAGACAAAUGUCAUUCCAUUCUUACUCAGACAAAUUUCUUCGAUGUUAACUGUGCAUUGGCCUGCAAUCUGUGUAAACCCGACUCCGAUAAGGUUGAACCGGAAAUUCCUCUUCCUCCAGCUCUCGAGCCUCUCCAAUUUUUUCUCGGAAAGUGGUACUCACAAGCUGCAAAGGGUCUGCGAUAUCCAACGGAUAUCUAUGCUAGUGAGUACGAAGAAAUUUUGGAUGUAGCACCUGCAACUGUACCAAUGUUUGGACCUCCUUCACUGAACUUAACAAGCACAUCGUGGUAUGACUCGGACAUUAGAGUCAUGCAUGGAUUCAUAACACUGAAACCGAACUCGUACCCUCCUGAAGUUGCCAUCUUAAGCACCAGCAAUGAAGGACUCAACAUGAUCGAACUCGGAGUCUUGAAGCACCACGUUUUGACGCUCAAUGUCUCCUUCAUGCAAGUCCAUCCAACAAUCGACAGUUCCAUUUUGCCCCUAGGGGCAACGCGUCGAUUUCGAAGAGUUGGCCAAUUGUUGGAAAUGACAGUUGCUAAGCUUUUUGCAAAUAAUAAAGUUUCACAGUUUAAGAAAAUGUUUAGAAAGAUCAUGGACUAUCCAAUCUAA